UCCAAACCAAUGAAAGACUGAAGGGGGGGGGACAUCUCCUAUAUAGUCCUGCUUUUUCAUCCCAGUUGCAGUUUCAAAGCAACCUGCUCAGAGGAAUCUCAGUCCCCCAGGGCUCCCCCGCCCCCAAAAAGUUUGCAAGCCACACAAAGCUCAAGACCAGAGUGAUGUCAGGCCGACAGGAGGCACUUUUCCUGUUCUUCAUUCUCUACGAUUGUGUCAUCAUGGCUCAAGGUCUGCAGAUGAAAAGCGACCCGCGCCCAGCCAAGCUGAAACAACUGCAUAAACAGAAGAACACAAACGCUCGGACAGGCUUCAGCGCAGGGAUGGUCGGAGAAUGGACCUCGUGGUUCAACGUGGACCAUCCUGGAGGCGAAGGUGAUUUCGAGACCCUGGAGGCCAUUCGGUUCUACUACCCGGAGCGCGUCUGUGCCCAACCCACAGCUAUCGAAGCUCGGACCACGGAAUGGGAGCUGCCUGAGGAAGUGGGGGAAGUGGUGCGCUACAGCCCUCGGGAAGGCUUCCGGUGCCUGAACCAGGAGCAGCCUGGAGGCAAAAGCUGCUCCAACUACCACGUCCGGUUCCUCUGCUCCCCAGAUCCCACCAACUUGGUGGGUUGGUCAGUCUGGUCAUCGUGGAGCGCCUGUUCACGUACGGCAUGCGGCACAAGCGGCAUCCAGACCAGACACCGGAGCUGCUUGAACAGCUCUGCACUGGCACAGCUGCCCAAAUGCCCAGGAAAGCCCACAGAGCGCCGGACCUGCAGUGCUGGACCUUGUCAAGAGCCCAAGUGGAGCAGCUGGGGGCCCUGGAGCCCCUGCUCAAAGACCUGCGGCAGUGGUGGGAAGCGACUGCGUCGCCGGAGCUGCCCCAAAUCCAAGCUCCUGCGCUGUCCUGGGCGUCCCUUGGAGGUGCAGAAAUGCCCCCUGCCACCCUGCUCAGCUUGCCAGCUCAGCUGUGAGACAGGCAUCCCCAACAAGGACUGUACCAGUUGCACCUGUCCCAACCACACACUCUUGGGCACCGUGCGGAGUGCAGGCGGGGUGGCUCUCGCCAAUGCCCAGAUAUCUCUCCAGGACCAACCACCAGGACUGCUGGCCCAGAGCAACCAGCAUGGCCAGUUCACCAUCCGCGGCAUCUGCGCCAGAAAUGGGGCCAACGUCAGUGCGACGCUCAAGAGGUUUGCCCAGGGCAGCGCCCCAAUGAUUGCCAACGGUUCUCAGGUGUCUCUGGUGGGGAUUGUGCUGCAUCGACUUGAAAAACCGUACAUGGUGACCCAUCCUGAAGAGAAAGCGCGGGCAGUGGGCCAACAGGUGCGGUUUUGCUGUAGAGCACAGGGCAACCCGGAGCCAACAAAGUAUUACUGGUAUCACAAUGGAACGCUCCUGGACCGCAAAGUCCACAGAUACGGCAGCAGCUUAGUCUUGCGUGACUUGCACGCUCGUCAGGCUGGUUCAUACCACUGCAAAGCCAGUAACAGCCUCGACUCGAUCAAAUCCUCCAUCACCCAUUUGACGGUGAUAGAUCCUCAGGUCCCAGCCUGUACCGCCCAGCCAGAAGAAUAUCUCAUCAAACUCCCCGACGAGUGUUUUCAAGAAGAGACAGGCUCCAACUUCUAUAAUGUCGGCCACUGUCCUAGCACCCGCUGUGCAGGGAACCUCACAGAUGGCCUACAGUGCCGAGAUGCCGAGGAGCACUGCUGUGGAACACAACGCAUGGAGGUGCGGGAGAUCCGGUGCAUCAGCUACGUUCUUCCCAUCAAGGUGGUCGCAGAAUGUGGGUGCACCUCCUGUACCCAGCCCAAGAUCCUGGUCCGUGGGAAAGCCUCAGCCGCUGACAAUGGGGAACCCUUGCGCUUCGGCGAGAUCUACCUGGGCGCAGAGAAGAUUGGCUUCACCGGUUACAAGGGCACAUUCACCAUCGAGGUGCCCCCCAACACGCAGAGACUGGUGGUCAAGUUUGUGGAUCGGAUGCAGAAAUUCGUCGAUGCUAUCAAGGUCUUCCCCUUUGACCAGCGUGGCGGGGCUGUCUACCAGGAUGUCAAGCUGAUCAGAAGGAAGAAGCCGGUUGACUUGGAAGCAACGGAGACCAACGUCAUCCCACUGGGAGCGGUGGCUGGAGAGGACCCUGUUGGGGAGAUAGUCAUCCCUCCAGGGUCCUUCUUCAGGCCCGAUGGGCAAGUUUACAAUGGGACCGUCAAGGCCAGUGUCACCUUUGUAGACCCCCGGGAUUUUGCCAUGGUGAAUGCUGCCUCUAGCGACUUGAGUUUCAUCAAUGCUGAAGGCGAUCUCUUCCCCCUCCGGACUUAUGGCAUGUUUUCGAUGGACUUCUGGGAAAAGGACAGCAACCAAGGCUUAGAAACCGGACGUGUGGAGGUGAAGAUGGAUACCGAGCUCAUCAGAAUGCCAGAACACAUUCAGAAAAUGAAGCUCUGGUCCCUCAACCCCGUAACAGGCCUGUGGGAAGAGGAAGCAUCCUUCAGGCUGGAAAAAGUGGGUCGCCAUAAGCGUGAGGAGAGGGCCUUUCUGAUUGGCAAUAUGGAGAUCCGAGAAAGGCGCCUGUUUAACCUUGAUGUCCCAGAGAACCGCCGCUGUUUUGUCAAGGUCCGGGCCUACAUCAACGAAAAGUUCAACCCCAGUGAACAGCUGAAGGGAGUUGUGAUUACCCUCAUCAAUCUCGAGCCCAGGCCUGGUUACCCGUCCAACCCUCAGGCCUGGGGCCGGUUUGACAGCGUGGUGACAGGUCCCAAUGGCGCAUGCUUACCUGCCUUCUGUGACGGGCAAAGGGCUGAUGCCUACACAGCCUACGUCACCGCAACCAUGGGCGGGGAGGAGUUAGAGGCAGUGCCAUCGAGCCCAAGGCUCAACCCCCAAGCUGUGGGGGUUUCCCAGCCUUACCUCAACAAGCUUGGCUACCAGCGAUCUGACCAUGAGGACUCUGCCCUCAAGAAGACAGCCUUCAAGAUCAACCUUGCCAAACCCAACCAGAACAACAUUGACGAGACCAACGGCCCCAUUUACACCUAUCGGAGCCUGAAGGAUUGCGAACAGGCGCCCAUCACAGCAAACCAUUUCCGGUUCUACCGGGGGGAAGUGGAUAAGUAUGAAUAUAAUGUGGUGCCUUUUAAAGAGACUGACCUGACGACCUGGACAGGGGACUAUCUCUCCUGGUGGCCCAACCCGCAAGAGUUCCGAGCAUGCUUUUUGAAGGUGAAGAUCAACGGGCCUCAAGAGUACAUGGUACGGUCACGAAAUGUGGGUGGCAGCCACCCAAGGACUCGGGGGCAGCUCUACGGCUUACGAGACACCCGGAGCGUCCGGGACCUUGAAAUAUAUAACAGUUCAGCGGCUUGUGUUGAGUUCAAGUGCAGUGGGAUGCUGUUUGACCAAGGACCGGUGGACAGGACUUUGGUCUCCAUCACCCCGCAGGGGAGUUGCCAGCGUACUGCUAUCAACAGCUACCUGAGGGAGUACCUCAGCCACCACCCCCCUGUGGUGGAGAACAAUGACACGUCAGCCUUCACCAUGUUGGCUCCUGCGGAUCCUCUGGGCCACAACUAUGGCAUCUACACUGUGACAGACCAGAACCCGCACCUGGCCAAGGAGAUAGCCAUCGGCCGCUGCUUUGACGGCACCUCGGACGGAUUCUCGCGGGAGAUGAAGUCUGACAAGGGUACGGCGGUGACCUUCUCUUGCCAGGAAAGGCCCAUAGGGCGCAAAAGCUUCUUCCAGCGCCUGCUCGAAUCCCCUGCCCAGACGCUGACGGAGAUCCGCCGUGAGAUGAGCAGUAAUGGACAGGUGCGGGGCGCUUCCCAAGUGGUGGCCUACCCGUCAGGGUUAUGGACUGCGUUUGCCGCACAAGCCCGCCAGACCCCCAGCCGCCGAAGGAGAGUGGGUGCUUCACGGGCUGGACAGUGAGCAACAUGGAGAGUUGAUGGGCAUCUUCCAGCCGCCAAGACAUGUUGAGUGUGCGGGUGAGGGUUAUCUCACUGUGGCAAAUUUCAUCCCUUUCGCCUCCAGACCAACAACUUGAAACUGACAAGACAGAAAAUCACAAUCUGCCAGUCCCCUGGCCUCUUCAGGCCUACCGUUGUUCCCCACUGUAAUCCCCUCGCCCAUGUCAUGCCUGAGGUCUUUGCCAAAGCGGCUGCGAUAAAUUAUGAGUGCAUGAGCUCAUCAGCCAUCAUAGCCACACACCCCAGGGGAGAGGCCAUAGCCAUGCCGCCUAAGCAGAGCCACGCCCCCUCAUGGAUUGCCUGCGGUCACUAGUAAGAUGUGUCGGUGCUUUACCCUCCCUUUUUGCCCCUUCUGCAAAUGAGGGAUGGGCGAAUCUAUCAAUGCCACUUUCCCAUUUUUGCCAAUCUUUUAAGUUCAGUUUUCCACAUUUCUGCAUUGGAGAAGUGCAGAUUUCAAUGGACAGCUGUGUUUCGGUUCUCAAAUUGUUUCGGAAAGUGUGAAUUAGGUAGAUUCGCCUUUGAAUGAAAACUGAACAGACUUCUUCCCCUAUCCCUACCCAGAACUCCUCGGUGGUAUUCAAUGCUCAUCCUACUCAGAGUAGAUCAACUGAAGGUAAUAGAGAUGACUAGCCUCCCUGCCAUCCAGAGAUUUAACUGCCAGAGAGCAUGGGGAGGAAACGGAAACCUAGAGGGUGUUGAAAGACCUCUAAAGGUGUAAGAAGCAAAGGGACAGAGAAGUGCCCUGGAAUGGGAGGAGUGUUAUUUAAACAUCAUCUAACUUCCCUGCAAACUAGGGAUGGGGGGGGGGAAUUGUGCAGAAAUGUGGAGAACUGAAUUUAAGAUUGAAAAAACAAGAAACUGAGAAUUGAAACUAUCAGAUCCUUGCAUCUCUAGCUACUGCAGGCCUAGGAAGGUACAUUUCCUUGCAACCCAGAAAAGCAUCUUUUUUUAAAAAAACCAAACCAAACCCAUGAGCGCAUAAUGCUGGCUCCCCAUGUGAGCGCCACCUGCAAUAGGUCGUUUCCUGGAAGAAGUUGUUGGGGGGAAAAACAACCCGCAGCGAAUCUGAGCAGGACCUCCCCACGGUGCAGGUGUCAGGAGAGAAGGGUGCUUUCAAACGCUUCUGUCUGUGCCCAGACGGUUCAGGUAUGUGAGUUGGCUCCGUGCAAUCUUUCCCUCCCACGCACGAUCUUUUUGUACGGAGAUGUGUGUGUUUUCCAGGGGGCGGGAGGGACAUGAAGGCGUAGGAGAGGGAGGUUUUUGCCAAGGGGUGUAAAUUCCUGCCUCUUGGCCAGACAACCACAACUCUCUUGAGCUUCAUGCACGUUCAUUAUAGAUCAUGAAGCCGUUACAGAGUCCAUGUGUCUCCAGAAAGGCAGGGUUUGUUUACUCUAUGGCCAAACAUUCUUGAAAUUGAGAAUGACAACAUUAAAAAAAAGAAAGCUCUGAAGAACCAAAGCCAGUUUGAACAUCCAGAUGCCAGGUUUGCUUCAGAUGUAACUGGAAGGCAGGAAAACAUUUGCGCCCUAAUCUUCAGGUCAAUCCACUGCAGCCUUCUUCAGGAAGGCCAUAGCUCAGUGGUAGAGUGUCUGCUUUGCAUGCCAAAGGUUCAGUCCCCCAAUGGCAUCUUCAGGUAGGGUUGGGAAUGUCCCCUGGGGAGAUGCUGCCAGUCAGAGUACACAAUACUGUGCUAGAUGGCCCAAUGGUCUGACUCAGUACCAGGCAGCUUCCCAUUUAAAUCAGCUCUUUAUUUACAACCAUGAAGAGUGGGAUCUUUAUUUUGUAGAGGAAAGGACCGUCGCUCAGUGGUAGAGCACCAUCCCAGGAUCAAUCCCUGGCUCAAGCAUUCUCUGACUCAGCCUAACCUACCUCACAGGGUUGUUGUGAGGAUAAAAAGAGAGGUGUGUGUAGAAGAAAUAUGAGCUCCUUGAAGAAAAGGCAGGAUAUAAAAUGUUAUAAAUAGACAGACAGACAAGAACAUGUGUCACACACUUGGCAAAUGUUUGGCUUGCAGAGGGAUCUCUUUUGAUGAAAGGUGAUGUAGAAAGCAUACCAAUAAAUAAAAUAUAAAUCAAAUAUCUGACAUUCACCAUAUACGGUGAUGUUAUUCACAUACUGGAUUCAGGGAGUGAAACCUGACUUAGUAUUUUGCAAGCAAAAUCUUGCCUCCAAAGUCCAUCAUGCAAACGGUUUAGUCCUGAUGAUGAUGGUUUUGGCAGAUGGCCCCGGGUUCAGUCACUGGCAUCAUUGUUAAGGCGCUGAGAGUUGUUCGGAGACUGCUCUAUGCCCCUCACAGAGCGACAAUUCCCAGAGUGGUUCAACAGUCAAUCUCGCUUCCUAGGGAACUCUGGGAAUUGUCGCUCUGUGAGGAGAAGAGAGGGAUCUCCUAACAACUCUCAGCACCCUCAACAAACUACAGUUCCCAGGAUUCUUUGGGGGAAUAGCCGUGAUUGCUUAAAACAGUAUGAAACUGCUUUAAAUGUGUAGUGCCGCUGGGGCCAAAGACUGUAAAAAUGAGAAAGAGCCUCCCAUUCCUGGUUGGGAGAGACGGGGCCUGAUGCAGGUCCUGCCCAUUAGGGAUGGAGAAGAAAUUAGAUUCAGUUCACACUGGAAGCCGGAUUUAUCAAAUUCGUACUUUCCAAGAGAUUAUGAGAACUGAAACACAGCCACCCUUUGAAAUUUGCACUUCUCUGGAUUUUGCAAGGCAGUUUUCCAACCAAUGUUUACAAAAAUACACGUCACGGAAAACGUGUGUAAAAACAAACAUAUUGGUGAAUAGUACACGCAAAAUGCAUUAUAUUCUGAGAAAUUGCUUGCAGAAAUGUGUGCACCAGUUAAAACUGCAGACAAAAAGUGUUUAUUAGGAGAAAUUCGUCUUAAAAUGCUGAAGAAUUUUCAUGAGGUUUUUUUUUUAAAUCUACAAAUUGCUGGAGAAACCUGAAGAAUUGAAUUUAAGAUUGGGGGAAAAUGAGGAAUGGCGAGAAAGGGACAGAGCCUUCCAUCCCUGCUGCCCGUAGGAUAAAACUCUGUGCCGGGGGCAAGGAGGACACGGCCCACCCACAGUCACUCUUCUUCCCAGGACCUUUUUUGCAGCCAGGACUGACACACGGACAAAGGGACGUGCAGGCGUGCUUCGCCCGUCCUCCACCCAGCAGAGAAGCGCUCAGGUUUUACAGGCGGCCUGAGGCCUGCGGUUUGGCUCGCCCUCGACGCCCGUCUCUCCAUUUUCGCUUUGUUUAUCUGUCCUGCUUUCCGGCUCCAGAGGCAAUUGAUGAGAAAUACAGAUGUGGAAGAAAGGAGAGGAGGAGGUAUCUGGGGUUCUUGGGGGGGGGUCCUCUGCCUGGCCUCAGCCGCUUGCCCUUACUGCUCGAAUCACGUAGAAGUCUGCAAGAAAAACACAUGCACACUCAAAAAGAGGGAAAGCACAGAAAACAGACCAAGGUCAACCACCGCUUGGCAGUAGGGCUGCCAGGUGUCCACUUUUCACCUGGAGACACCGGUUUCUGGGGUCCUCUCCAGGUGAGUCACCUUACUCUCCAGACCCUUAGCUUUCAUUAAAAAAAAAAUAACUUUCUAGAUGGUGUGGUUCAAACGAUAUAAACCAAAAUGUCAGCCCCCCCCAACUUGUGUUGCUACUGGCUACUCUAAUCCCUGCCCUUUCAGGUUUUUAGCCAAUAAGUGAAGUCAAGGUUGUGAUUGACAAUAUUUGUUGAGCCCCCCCCCCCCCGCAAUAGCUAAACCCCCAGUUUCCUUUUCCUCCUUGUCUCACAUCAGGAAUUCAGUAAAUAUGUAGCUUUCAGCAGCAUAAAGAGUGCUUUCUCUGUACAGGAUUGGGACUUGCUUCUGAGUAAACAUGCAUAGGAUUGCACUACAACAAAAGAUCACAGCAGGAUCUUGGUAGGCAUAAAAAUGAAUAUGCAAGGGUUUUUUAAUUACUGUACUUGUAAAAAUGGCAUA